AUGCGCUCGAAAAUAUUUGAUGAUGCCGAGCUCGAACGACUACGGCGUGAGGCCAUUCCCUCAUCGAAUGAAUUGGCUACGGCUGGGGAUGCGGCUCCUCAGGCGACAGACCAGCUGCCACGCGUAGAAGCUGCCAUGGAUCUUCCAGUUGUGGUUGAUUCCGACGAUGAUGAAAUGGUCUCCCACGAACUAGAGCAAAUGAGGAGUAUACUGGAAGAGGCGAUUUUGGAAACGCGCACCAUGCCUCUCGAAAAUCGACCGCGACUUCCCCGCAUACCUCUAAGCAAGCGAAAUCGGGCUGUCGUGAGGGCUCUUAACCCUAUGCUGGUAACCUAUUUGGAAGCCAGCCGGGACCUUUGCGAGACGGACUCAGUUCUUUUUGGCGCCGCAGUGGCAGCUUGCCGUAUUAUUGGCGCCAAACUUCCCCUGGCUGGACGCGCUACUAAACAAAGUAGCGCCAUCCCAGCCUGGAGAAAAAGAAUUGAGGACCGUAUCGCAAAGGCAAGGGCCCUUAUCGGCAGACUGAUGAGCUUCAGGUCGGGUAAUAAUAGACCGAGGGUUGUGCGCUCCGUUAGAAUGGCGUUUGCUGGGACAAAAAUCAGUUUGUCCCAGCCGGAUAUCACGCAGAAACUAACGGAGCGCAUAGACGACCUGAAGCAAAAGAUUGCUGCUUGGGGGAAGCGGAUUCGCCGAUUUACCGAGAGGUCAAGGCGGUUCAACCAGAAUCGUCUCUUCCAGAGUGAUCAGAAGAGGCUCUACAAAUCAUUGGAGCGACCAGAGGUAUGUGGAGCGGGCCCAGGACCGGAUCAGGCUAACACUGUCGCAUUUUGGCGUGGCCUGUGGUCAGAGCCCGUAAACCACAGCGAGGGCUCUUGGACGGAAGUUGUGGCGAGUCAGUGUGCGAGUAUUACGCCCAUGGACCCCGUCAUCAUAAAGCCGGACGACGUAGCUGAGGCGGUCCGUAGAGCCCCGAACUGGAAAAGUCCGGGACUCGACGGACUGCAUCACUACUGGCUGAAGGGGUUCAUGGUGUUUCACGCUGUGCUCGCCCGUCAGUUUCGAGAGGCUCUCAACCAGAAGUCGCUCCCUAGCCUCUUCACUACUGGGAUCACUCAUUUGGUUCCUAAAGACCAGUCAGUCAGCGCCCUGCCAAGAGUUGUGAGCGCCGUGCCUAGGCAAAAUUGUGGGUGCAAAGAUCCGUUUGUGCAUAUGAACGAACCACGAAACGGUGCCAGGCUUGGGCGUCUCCCGUUAUAUGGCGCCCAUAAAUGGAUGAUGGUACAAAGAGGAACGCGCAUAGGUCCGCUGCCUGGGGGUCGCCGGGGCGCGUCUGGAGCUGGCGCUGGACGCGGCAGCAUGCGGGCCGCCAGCCGAGCGCGAGGAGCUGUACGAUCACCUAGCAGCCCUCCGCAUCCAUCAUCCCCACCAGAAGGCUUGGUGUCGGCUGGACCUUCUCGGACUCAGCAAGCGGCACCCGCCGCUGGUGGAGCACGUCGCAUGCGUUGGUCACAAACAAUGAACGCAAACGCACUGCGGGCGUACUUUAGGGCAAAAGGGGAAGAAACCGGAUGUUUGGCAUAUCGGGCUCGGAUGCAUCGCUUUUAUGCAGAGCUGGAGCCAUCUCUAUCCGUCACUGAGCAAAACCUGGCAGACCGAGUUCGGUACAUCCUGCGCUCCAACAUAUUUGGUGACGCCGAACUCGAACGACUACGACGUGAGGCUGUUCCCUCAUCGGAUGGAAAUGCUACGGCUGGGAAUGCGGCGCCACUAAUUGCGCAGCAAACUGCAAAUUUGGACGCUGCCGUCAAUAUUCCAUUUGUGGUUGAUUUAGACGAUGAUGGAAUAGUCCCCCACGAACUAGAGAAAAUGAGUAGCAUAUUGGAAGAGUCGAUGCUGGAAACGCGCAGCAUGCCUCUCGAAAAUCGACCGCGACUUCCCCGCAUACCCCUUAGCAAGCGAAAUCGGGCUCUUAACCCAAUGCUGGUGACCUAUUUGGAAGCCAGCCGGGACCUUUGCGAGACGGACUCAAUUCUUUAUGGCGCCGCACUGGCAGUAUGCCGUAUUAUUAGCGCCAAACUUCCCAUGGCUGGACGUGCUACUCAACAAGGUAGUGCCAUCCCAGCCUGGAGAAAAAGAAUCGAGGACCGUAUGGCAAAGUCAAGGGCCCUUAUCGGCAGACUGACAAGCUUCAGGUCGGGUAAUAUUAGACCGAGAGUUGUGCGCACCGUUAGAAUGGCGUUUGCUGGGACAAAUAUUAGUUUGUCCCAGCCGGAUAUCACGCAGAAACUAACGGAGCGCAUAGAUGACCUGAAGCAAAAAAUCGCUGCUUGGGGGAAGCGGAUUCGACGAUUUAGCGAGAGGUCAAGGCGGUUGAACCAAAAUCAUCUCUUCCAGAGUGAUCAGAAGAGGCUCUAUAAAUCAUUGGAGCGACCAGAUGUAUGUGGAGCUGGCCCAGGACAGGAUCAGGCUGACACUGUCGCAUUUUGGCGUGGCCUGUGGUCAGAGCCCGUAAACCACAGCGAGGGCCCUUGGAUGGAAGUUGUGGCGAGCCAGAGUGCAAGUGUUACGCCUAUGGACCCCGUCACCAUAACGCCUGAAGACGUGGCUGAGGCGGUCCGUAGGGCCCCGAACUGGAAAAGUCCGGGGCUCGACGGGCUGCAUCAUUACUGGCUGAAGGGGUUCGUAGUGUGUCACGCUGUGCUCGCCCGACAGUAUCAAGAGGCUCUCGAUCAGAAGUCGCUCCCGAGCCUCUUCACUACUGGGAUCACUCACUUGGUUCCUAAAGAUCAGGAUACCACAGACCCGAGCAAAUACCGCCCCAUCACGUGUCUACCCACUAUAUAUAAGACAAUGACAUCCAUUUUGAGCGCGAGAAUCACUCGUCACCUGGAGCUAAAUUAG